AUGGCAUGUCCUGGUAAUCUGUUGGAUAUAAUGGACGUCAAUAUAAGAUGCAAUCAAGAGCCUCAAGUGACUUUAGAAUUGUUCGCUGCUCCAGUUUCAAGACUUGGUCUAGCUUGCUGCAGGGGCUCUGCAAGACAGCGCAUAAAGAUGGGCGCUGUGGUGAAAGAAUUGGGUGCCAUAAAACGGAUAAUCAUGGCCAACCAGAAUUAUGUGUCUUGGUCCACAGUGCAGUAA